CGCCGUCUACUUGGAAGAAUUUCAGUGAGUCGCGAUCAUCGUCGAGUUCGUGAACCUCGUCGCCAUGGCCUUCACACUCCAUGACGGUGGCGGUGGCGGUGGCCGGCGGCAAACGGUAUCAAAAAGUGCAGACCCACUUAUUGCUUAUGACAGGCGGGUUCUUGUUCCCGAUCUCGUUGCCGAGACUGAACGCUACAUUGCGCAGAAACAAUUUCGUGAUUCCCAUCUAUUUGACCCUGAUGUUCUUCCUCAUCGUGGGGCUCAUCAUCUUCACGGACUUUACCACAUUCGUUAUUAUAGUUAGAAAAGAUGCCGCUAGAAAAGAGUCUUCCAGAAAAGGGUGUUGGCAGCACAGGACCGUUGAUUACACCAGUUAGUUGAAGAACCAUUUUGGCAAUGGGAAGAAGAAGAAUCUAUUUUGGAGUAUGCUUGAUGGACACUCAUGUCUGUUACCGCGAUACAGGUUGCAAAUCAAGAAUAGCAACCAUUCCAUAUACUUUAUUCGGGUUGCCAAAUAAAGUUUCCUUUAAUCUUUUAUGCUAAGGAAGAAAGCUCCAUGUGGCUGUACUUACUACUACUUUGCAGCUUUUCAUUUGCAUUUCAUUACAACCUCAUUUCAUCAACAUUUGCAGCUUAGCUUGCUGCACUUUGUUGCUACCGUGCUUUGGUGUAACUCUCCCUUCUUCAUUUGCUGCCAUUUUGUGCAGCCUUUCAUUUUCAUUUGUUGCUACUUUUGCAGCUUGAACAUCACAACUCCAACAAAAUUUAUUGGUUUCA